ACCUUCUCAAUAAUCUGAUUUAAAAGAAAUAUCUAAUUCGUCUGAAAUAUUUGAGACCACUAUUGCCGACGUGGACGAACUGCAACCUCAAAUAUGGCUGUCAGUAGUGGAGUAUCGGCUCUUUUGUCUGCUAUUCUAGCAGUCGCCCUGUUUGCUGGUAUGCAGACAUACCGCAGCCAACUAGCAGAUUCAGAAUGGCUGACAAUAUUUGGUGGAUUCCUCGGAGCUGACCUAUUCAUCUUGAUCCUCACUUGCAUUAGUAACAUUGAAACUGUGCUCUUUGGUAAAGGAUUUCAGGCGAAACUCAUUCCAGAAGUUGCUGUAGCUCUUGUUGCUGCUAUGUUUGCUUCAGGUUUAGUUCAUAGAGUGUGUGUAACAACUUGUUUUCUCUUUUCUAUGGUGGGUUUGUACUACGUCAACAAAAUCUCCCAGGCAACAUAUGCUCCACCUCCUUCUGCUGCUGCAUCAAUCAAGAAGAAAAAAUAAACAAAGACACCUUCAUCCUCUUAUGUGUAGUUAUUUCCUUUUAAUGAUUCACUGCUAGUUAGUAUACUAAAAGUUGUAGGUAAUGAGAAUCAUUUAGAAACCAUGAUAAAAGUUAAUAUAGUGAGUUGCAAUUUUUGGAAAAUGAAUGAAAGGACAAGGUUUAGUCAAUGGGCAGAUAUCAUGAUUUAUAUAAUGUAAAGGUUAAAGGGGCAGUUUGGAUGAAAAUAAUUAGUCUUUGAUAAAUAGGCUAAACUUCACUUAGCAGAAUGCUAACAAAAUCUUAUAAGAACUAAAGUUAUUUCAUUCUUACAGUUAAGCAAUAUUUUGUGUAAACAGUUAUAUGCAUGCUGUCAUGAAUAUUCAUUAGGUGGACUGAUGAUGUCAUGUCCCCCCUUUCCUUUUUCUUACAUGCAAGUUAUUACAUGAAAUUAUAAAUUUUUAUAAGUGUGUAUGAUAUGUCAUUUCCAGAAAUGAUUAUAUUACACAUUCAAUCUGUAGUCAAUCUAUUUGUUUUUAAUUCUUGGAGAAUAGAUCUGUCUUCGUAUAAUAAUACAAAAGAAUAUGUGGAUAUGACAUCCUCAGCUUGCUUAUUGCCUAUUCAAAGAGAUGUGCGUAGAACUGUUUCAACAAAAUAAUGUUAAAGUUUGAAAUGUCAUAAUUUUGGUGUUCCUUGUCCAAUUAAUGAAUUUUAUUUUUUUAAGGGGAAGGGGGUGGUGAGGGGACUGUAUAUGUUCAAAUCAUGUUUUUUAUUCAGUCUGGAUUGCCCCUUUAAUCUUGCACAUUUGUAUUUUUUUCUCAUUUCGGGCAAUGAAUAUUUCAAACUAUGAAGCCAUAUUUGAUCAUCUUUUAUUCUUUAAAUUGGCAACAUGUCAGUAAGUAUUUUUAAUUUACUGCUGUAUCUUUCCUUUUGAAGUUAUAAAUCAUCAGGAAUGGAUGGAGAUUGAUAUACUCACAUGCAGGUCUUUGAAAGUGAGGAAAUUGCCAACUUGUGUGGAAAAACAGCAAUGCCAAAGUUUUCAGUCAGUUCCCAAUUGAGAGAUUUCAGUUAUUUCAUUCCCUAUUCAGCUUUGAAUGAAAGACACUGAUUCAAUCAGUGAUGCCAGAAUGUACUGGUCAAAUAAUGAUUUUAGAGGCAAGUUAUUGUGCAUUAACACCACAAACUUACUCAGAAGGUUCAAGUGCUCCUAAAUGCAAUGAAACAGAUUCAGUAUUCUGCAGAUUUCUCUCUUUAUUUUCUCGCUAAUUUUCUGUGUAGUUUGCAUGGUUGUAAUGGACUUGACACGAGAAAAUGACGAGACGGACCAAAUCACUUUGUCCAAGAAGGGUUUAUUGCUAUCAUCAGUUCCAAAUGAUUGUCAGUUUUUAGCCAAUGUUGAUUUUUGAUGAAUAGAGAAAAAUCAAACAAGCAUAAUGGUGAAAAUUUCAUCAAAAUCAGAUGUAAAUAAGAAAGUUAUGACAUUUUGAGCUUUCGCAAAACAUUUAUUUGCACAACCCGGUGAUAUUCAAGUGAGAGGUGAUAAUGUCCCUCACUCACUUUUUCUUUUGUAUCGCUUGAAUUUUACAUUUACAAUAUUCACACAGAUUUGACAAUAAGGACCUGCUUGUCUGAACCACAAAAAUUUUACCACAAUUGACCAUUGUCAAUGGGAAUUCCAUAUGUUCAGGGAGAAAUAAUACUUUCACAAUGCAAUGAGAAAAGUAGAAUAUUACAUAUUUGAUAUAAUAAACUACAAAAGAAAUAGUGAGUGGGUGGUUUCAUCAGUCCCUUCAUUUGUUUACCGACCAGGAUGUGAAUAUAACUUUUGUAAAAUUGUGAAAGGUCAUAUCUUAUUUUACAUCUGAUUUUGAUGAAGUUCGCUUAUUUGUUUUUCUCUCCUUGUUCAAAUCAACUUUUGUUGGGGUGGACUUGUCCUUUUAAGUUGGAAUAAUGUAAAAUGGAUUUCCUUUUUAUGACGUCAUCAUUACGCCAUGACUUAUUCUGGAGAGAAUAAAAU